CACCUCGGACAAAAGCUCCAUCCAAUUGCUGCUGCAGGCACCGUUCCGUUCCCGUUUAUAACCUCAAUCCUUCCCUCCUCCACGUUUUUACCCUCUUCUUUCCUUGUCUUUUUUUCAGCAACGAACAAAAUCACCACCUCUCUCCCUCACACAACAUCAAGAUGCUUCGCACCACCCUCACCAAGACGGCCGUCUUCCGUCCCAUGCGCGCUGCCUUCAGCACCACUGCUCGAGCCAUGAGCGAAGGCGACACUGGUGCUCCUCCCAAGACCGGCGGCGCAGGAGACGCUUUCCAGCGCCGUGAGCGGGCCUCGGAGGAGUACGCCAUCCGCCAGCGCGAAAAGGAAAAGCUCGUGGAGCUCAGGAAGAAGCUCACCGAGCAGCAAGAGCACCUCGAUCGCCUUGCCAAGCACAUCGAUGAGAUUACCAAGGAGCAGGGCGGCGAGCAGAACUAAGCAGGACGAAAACGCCUCAAAAGAGAUAUCAAAACUGAAAUAAGAGAC